AUGGCCGCCUCCGAUAAAGUCAACUUCAGCCGUAUUUCGUACGUAAUUUACGAACACCCAGACCUUACGAAAUUCUUGGCGUUCGCCGAUGACUUCGGCUUUGAGUCUACGGGAGUUACUGACGAAGACGGGAAUCUCUUCCUGAGGGGCUACGGACCGGAUCCUUAUGUCUAUGUCGCUCGCCAGGCGCCAGCGGGUCAAGCUAAGAGGUUCCUCGGAGCCGGAUUCACAGCACAGACUAAGGAGGACUUCGAAAGAGCAUGCAAGUUAGAAAAUGCUCAGCUGAAGGAUAUCUCGAAGCGACCAGGCGGAGGGAAGAUGGUUAGCGUGCCUGACAUAAACGGGUAUGAAAUUCAAAUUGUGUAUGACCAGAAGGACAGGGUUAUACCGGAUAGGGGGUUGUCGAAUGUCGUUAGUGGUCAGCCGAAUGUUAACGGAGCUAUCACGAAAGUGAGAAAAGGUCUUUUCAAUCGUCUAGACAGUGGUCCAGCCAAGAUCCACAAGCUCGGUCACUUCGGCUACAUGACUGAUAACUACACUAAGACUUGUGCCUGGUACUCUUCUCACUUCAACUUUAAGCCGACAGAUAUUGUACACGUUCCCGGAGACCCAUCUAAGGAGAUUAUGAGCUUCUUCCACCUCGACCUCGGCGCUGAAUACUCGGACCAUCACUGCCUACUAGUGGCAGCCCACCGCGACGGAAAUGGCAAGGGAACGACCGUGCACCACUCGUCGUUUGAGGUGGAGGAUAUAGACACGCAGAUGAUGGGCCACAAGUGGCUACAAGAUAAAGGCUAUGAGCUAAAAUGGGGUGUGGGGAGGCAUAUCAUGGGAUCACAGGUCUUUGACUAUUGGUACGAUUCAGCAGGCUUUAUAGUAGAGCACUACGCAGACGGCGAUUUGGUUAAUCAGGACACACCAACAUCAAGGCUCGCGGGAGCUGAGGCUGCUAUAUGGGGUCCUCCUAUCCCGGCGAAGUGGCAUUAA